GACCUCUGCCGUGGGCCUCUGAGUUCCUGCUCCCCGUGAGAAUCUGAGCACCUCUCCCUGGGAGGGGAAGUUACUUGCUCGGAGUAGAGGCCAAGUGGCCAGGAAAGUGGGAAGCCAGAUUGGGCCCUGGUGACUGGGGAACUUCAGCCUUGGGGCCCCUGUGAAGAAAUGGCCAGGCACCCCACUGGAAACCAUAUCCUGGGUGCUGUGGCUGGAGAUAACAGAGGGCACUGGGCCUGCCCAGAAGAGCAGGGCUCCUGCUCCACGACGGGACCAUGGCCGGCCUGCAGGAGCUGCGAUUCCCCGAGGAGAAGCCACUGCUCCGGGGCCAGGACGCCACUGAGCUGGAGAAUUCCGACACCUUCCUCUCGGCUGUGGACACAGACUGGAAGGAGCACGACAUCGAGACGCCUUACGGCCUUCUGCACGUGGUGAUCCGGGGCUCCCCCAAGGGGAACCGCCCGGCCAUCCUCACCUACCAUGACGUCGGUCUCAACCACAAGCUGUGCUUCAAUACCUUCUUCAACUUUGAGGACAUGCAGGAGAUCACCAAGCACUUCGUGGUGUGUCACGUGGAUGCCCCCGGUCAGCAGGUGGGGGCCUCGCAGUUUCCUCAGGGGUACCAGUUCCCCUCCAUGGAGCAGCUAGCCGCCAUGCUCCCCAGUGUGGUGCAGCACUUUGGGUUCAAGUACGUGAUUGGCAUUGGCGUGGGAGCCGGAGCCUACGUGCUGGCCAAGUUUGCACUCAUCUUCCCCGACCUGGUGGAGGGGCUGGUGCUGAUAAACAUCGACCCCAACGGCAAAGGCUGGAUCGACUGGGCGGCCACCAAGCUCUCCAGCCUGACCAGCACUUUACCCGACACGGUGCUCUCCCACCUCUUCAGGCAGGAGGAGCUGGUGAGCAACACAGAGUUGGUGCAGAGCUACCGGCAGCAGAUCGGGAAUGUGGUGAACCAGGCCAACCUGCAGCUCUUCUGGAACAUGUACAACAGCCGCAGAGACCUGGACAUUAACCGGCCUGGAACAGUGCCCAACGCCAAGACGCUCCGCUGCCCUGUGAUGCUGGUGGUCGGGGAUAAUGCACCUGCCGAGGAGGGGGUGGUUGAGUGCAACUCCAAACUGGAUCCAACCACCACGACCUUCCUGAAGAUGGCAGAUUCCGGGGGGCUCCCCCAGGUCACACAGCCCGGGAAGCUGACUGAAGCCUUCAAAUACUUCCUGCAAGGCAUGGGCUACAUGCCCUCGGCCAGCAUGACCCGUCUCGCCCGCUCUCGAACCUCGUCCCUCACCAGCGCCAGCUCGGUGGACGGCAGCCGCCCGCAGGCCUGCACCCACUCAGAGAGCAGUGAGGGGCUGGGCCAGGUCAACCACACCAUGGAGGUGUCCUGUUGAAGCCCCUGGUCCCACGAAGAUGCUCACCUGCCCCCCAACCUGCAUCGACGUCCCACUGCCAUCCUUGUGCAGCUCAUUUCCCCUUUAGUUUAUUUUUGCGAGGGUGAAGGGGAGGAAAUGCGGUUACUUUUCUUUUGUUUACAAAGAUGAGGGGAUCCGUCCUAGAUGCUGCAGUGGAACAGUCUCCAGAUGGUUUGAGGGGCUCACUCCUCCCCUCCCCCCCCUCACCUCGUUAACUUGCCUGACUUACACCCUCUCUUCCAGUUCCCCAAGGCCCAGGCACGGUCAGGGCAGGGCUCCAGGGCAGGAGAUUAGCUA